UAGGUUUGAACCCCCCCAUGAAAUUAGCUUCAGCCUCCACCAUUGGUGAAAUUCACCAAACUUUGGGGAUGGUAUAUGGAGAAUUUCUGGGGGCUUUCCCCUAAAUAUUAAAAAGGAGAAAAAUGAAAGCAGUGUCAGGAAAGAUACAAUGCUGGAUUCCCCCCGUAAUUUAUAUUCUGACUAUCGGGCUAAUUAAUGGUCUGGAGCCCAUCAAUUCUCAUUCAAUUUUCAUAAGCAAACAAUGUUUGGAAAGCCGCUGAAUUUGUAGUCCACCGCGAGUGCAAUAGCCAUCUGCUCCCGUCUUCAAAUCCUCCACCCUCCAAUAAACGAGGAGAGGUAAUCCAUAAAUCCUCUCAUUCAUAACACCGUCAAACAGGUUUACAAGGAAAGAGGCAUCGGUCGCAGGUGAAUGAGCUCGAUGCGUGAUGCACAAUGCAGAACACAUCGCUGGAUGUGUAUAAACUCUCAGAUGGAAGUGGGUGGAACUGGGCGGGCUGUGUAGCUAAAGCGCCCGAAAGAGUCGUGUAGAGUCGGAGCAGCUGCUGUGGCAGAACAAUGUAGGUCCGCGAGAGAACGAUUUUUGUUUCACCAGUACGUUUCAUGACAGAUGGAGGGGUUUCACUUGACGGCAGAAAUAACAAAGGAAAUAAGAGUGUCAUAAUACUCACUGAUUACAAAACACUGUUUCUCUGGGCUUUCUGGUGACAGCACUUAGUCAUCAGAGAUCCUGCUUAAGUCAUGUGAAACAAGAAAGCAGGCCUGGUCUGUAGAGGCACCACAUGAAAGCACAGACACCUGGAAGGAAGGAACUGAGCUGCAAGCCGCUUCUAAACUCUCAGAUAGUGGAGUAAAUUGGGGCGACAGGAGAAUUGGUGAGGCGCCAAGAGAGGCGGGCGAUGGAUGGCGUCCUGGAGACGGCGAUAACGCUGGGCUUCUGUAAGGUGGGCUGCAGCCUCCUCUCCCUGACCACACUCAGGUCCCACCUCAGUGCCGUCGGACUCUGCUGCAGCUGCCUGCUGCUGUUCACCGACCUCGGCGUCACAGCGUUCCUGGCCCUACUGUGGUUGGCCGGAGGCUCCAGACUGCCUCCAACGUCCACUCCUAGCGACGUCAUCGCCCUCCGCUUCCUGCUCUUCCUGGGGCAGGCCUAUGGCACGGCCCUGCUCUUGACGGCCCCGCUCAUCACAGUGGAGAUGGUCUACAAGAUGAGGCGGCCUCGAGGGCGAGGCUGUGUCGGGCACCAGAGGAUUUCGGUGGCACUGGCUGGUGGGGACAUGGAGGACGGCAGCCAGGAGGCAGCUCUGGUGCACGGCGGCGCCUUCCUCAGCUGCUUGGUCAUCUGGGUCGUCUGCGGACUCCGCGGAGGCUUCAGUGCUGGGCUGGAUGAGCAGCAUGCCAAGGCCUGCAUGCUGAGGAUGGGCUCCCUGUCCACGUGCCUCCCUGACAUGCCCGCCAUCACCCUGGCUGCCGUGGGGGACCCUGCACUGGCACUGUUUGGGCCAGCUCUCCUCCUGGCCUUGGCGCUGAGUAUGAGUCUGCCCAGGAGUGAGCCGACCCAAAGCGGCACAGUAGCAGUUCACCCUGGGUACCUCCCACCCAUAUCUUUGUGUGCCCCGGAUGCUGCGGGGUCUACUUCUAAAACCAGCGAGUCUGCAGUCCCUCAGCAUGUGACCGUGAUGCUGGGUCACUCUAGCCGCUCCCUGCAAAUGGCUGUCCCCCUAGGACACAUGGCACAGGGGGCCGACAUGUGGGGGUGGGUCACUUCCUGCCUUCGAGGAAGGGUGCUGACCGGACUCGCAUGCGGCAUUACCCUUUACCUCUUCCCCCCCUCGAUAAGUGUCAAUGUCGUACUGAUCCGGUACCUGGAGGCUCUGGCUGAGUGGACACUGUCCCCCCUGCUGUCUUUGUCUAGGGAGGAUGUGGCUGUCAACCAGCUGCUGCUGCUCACCUUUCGGAGAGACGCCUCCACUGGCCUCGCUGUUCAGCUCAUGGAGACGGCAAUAGAGGCAUGAGAUAUAUGGGUGUGAAACCUCCAGCUACAGGGAACCAAGCUGCAACAGGCCUUUAGAUUGCCUGCACCGCAGAGAGUAGAAGCGUGUCAGUCCCUGUCUUCUGAAGAGCAUAAAGAGAAUCCCUCAGCCUCAAAGUGAACGACAGGCUAAAACUCGCCGUCUCUCUUGCUCGGAGACUGACUGGAACUUUUGGGGUCCGUGUCUGGUGAAACUGUACAUGAAUCUCUCAGGGAAAAAAUAUAUAAAGGAGAUGACAGGCAGAGCAGGGGGACCGAGACAAAAACAGCCGUAACUGCUGAGCGACAGCCAUGACCAGCGUGGAAACGACAGCCUUCAACAGAUGGACAUCACAUUUAUGUGUGGAUGUUACGGCUACACAGAGCCAGUCUCACAUCUUCCGGAUUUCCGUUUGGUUUGUAUUGACAGGUUUGUUCCUGGUAUUUUCGUUGGCCCUCAGUACGGUACAAUCCUCACGUAUACCGAUGGUUCCUCCUGCCAAAAUUCCUCUUGGCAAACAUGCCAGUGAAAUUCCUCACGUUUAUUAACCUGUGACGACAAACCGGAAAACUUGCGAUGAAGUCCAACAGCAGAGGUCUCCCGGCAACCACUCUUGAUUGAA